AUGGAUGAAAAAAAUGAAUUAGAAACAUUGUUGGAAAUACUAGAUUUAGAAUAUCUGAAACCAUUAUUUACUAAAUAUAAAACAUUUGAUGAUCUAAUACAUAAAACUGAUGAAGAAUUUGAUUUAAUGGGUAUAAGAAAUAAAAGUGAUCGAGAAAAAUUACGUUUAGCAUUAAAUGAUAUUAUUUGUGAAAAACCAACAAGAAUAAAUUCACUCGAAGAAUAUAAUUGCAAAUUAACAUAUAAUGAAAUAAAUCAAAUAUUAAAUCAUAUUGAAACUGAAACAAAUUUAAUGACUUCAACAUUAAAUUUUUUAUUAAAUACAAGUACAAUAUGUAAAGAUGAUUCGACAAAUGAGACAGAAUAUCGAAUUUACAAUAGAGAAAUUGAUCUAAUUGAAUCAGAUAUAAAACAAUUACAAAUAUAUAUUGAUACGUUAACAAGAAAAAUUGAAGAUAAAUAUCCAAAUAUCGUUAAAAAAAAUCAAAUAAAUGAAAAUAAUAAGAAAAAAGAAUCAGAAGAUGAACGAGAAAACGGCAUGGAUAAUGGUUAUAAUUAUGAUAUUAAUAAUAAAAAUAGAAAAAUUGAUCCUGAUGAACGAGCAGCUAGACGAGCAAUGAACAGUUGUUCAGAAGAUUUAACUGCCCUUAAACGAGAAAUUGAAGAAGUUCAUCAUGAACUUCGUACACUUGAGAAAAAAUGUCAAUAUUCAAUGGUGAACAAUAAUGAAUUAAUCGAUGUUGAACAAUUUUCAUUACUAAAUAUAGAUGAAGCAACUAUAAAUGAUCUCGAUGCAUUGCUCUCACAAUUAUCAGAAUUGGAAACACGAUUAGAUUUAACAGAAAAACAACAAAAAAUUUUAAAAUUUACUCAAAUAAAUGAUGAUAAAUCAAAAAUGUUACAAACAACAUUUAAUCUUGAUAAUUCAAUUAUUGAACAAUCAUCAAAUAAUAAAAGUAUUGUUAAACAAUUUGAUGAACUUGAUCAAGCUCUAUUAUCAUUAACAAAUACAAUAAAUAAUGUAUCAAUUGAUAGUCAAAUACAACAACAACAACAACAUGAAUCAAAUCAUAGUGGAAGUAGUACAAGUAGUGGUAUUGAUGAUGAUUUUAUUCAUAUAAUUCAACAUCAUGAAUUAAUUCGAUCAAAUGAUAUUGAAAAACAAUUAUCAAAUGAAAUAAAUUUAUAUGAUUGUCCAACACCAACACAAAAUUAUGAUAUAACAGCAGAAGAAGAUGAAUUAAAUAAUUUAUCAGAUAGUGGUCUAUCACAAUCAACUGAUUCAAUUUGUUUACCAAUUUUAAAUCAUUUACAACAAAAACAUGUAUCAUCAACAUUGAGAACAUGUAGUCAAAUAUCAAAUGCAUCAAGUAUUUCAUGUGAAAAUGUGAAUAAAGAUGAAAAAAUUCGUCAAGCUAUUGCACGAAUGAAAGAAGCAAAUAUUAAAAAAUUAUUUCUUAAAACAUAUAAUGAUGAUAAUUCAACAAAAAGUGUUUUAAUUGAUGAAACAAUGUCUGUACAUGAUAUUAUCAUUAUGUUAUUACAUAAAAAUCAUUUUAAACCAACAAUUAAUUAUUGUUUAAUUGAAGAAAUACCAGAUUUAAAUUUAUAUCGUAUCUAUGAAGAUCAUCAAAAUUUAAUUAAUGAUGGUAUUUUAUAUUGGCCACGUGAAACAUCAAAUUAUAUUCGAUUUCAACAAUAUAAACAUAAAUAUGAUUUAUUUACUGAAUCAGAUAAAUUUUUUUCUACUAAACAACAUAAUAAAUGGAAAAAGACAAUAAAAAAUAAUCAAAUAAAUAAUGAUGAUAAUAAAAAUAGUCAAGAUACAUUUCAUUUAACGGAUUAUAUUUCAUUAAAUUCAUCAACAAUACAAAUUCCUGAUGAUAUUGAAAGUAUAAUAUAUAUGAAAGAAAAAUCACGUAAAAUAUGGAAAAAAUAUUCAUGUGUAUUAAGACAAUCGGGUAUUUAUUAUAUACCAAAAGGUAAAACAAAAAAAGAUUUAAUUUGUUUAAUUAAAUUAGAUUCAAAUGAACAGUUAUAUUACAGUAUUAAUUGGAUAGAAAAAUAUAAAGCACCAACAGAUUAUGGUUUUGCUUUAAAACAUCCUCAAAUUCAAAAAAAAUCAUCUAAAUAUAUUAAAUAUUUAUGUGUUAAUACACAAUAUGAUUAUUAUCGAUGGAUUAAUGGAAUACGUCUUAUACAUUAUGGAUAUGAUUUAUACAAAAGUUAUGAAAAUAUGUCUAAAAUAUUAACUUAUUAUCAGAAAAAUGGUAAAUUACCAAUAAUAAAAAGUCAACAUCAAUUUAAUUUUUUAUUACCAACAUCAGAUUCAAUAUCAUUAUCUUCUGCAACAUCACUACCAAUUAUUCAACAACAACAACAACAACAACAACAACAGAAUCAAGAUUCAUUAUCAGUCAAAACACUUGAGAAUAUGGAUACGGAAAAUUCUCUACAAGCAUUCAGAUCGUUGGAUCGUUUAAGAGUAACAAACAAUUCAUAUAAUCGAUUUCAAUCAACUUCAAGUUUACGACGAAAUUCAAAUUCAUCUGUUCCAUCAAUACUCUCUCAAACAAAUUCUUCAUCAGUAAUAAAAUCAAAUGAUAGUUUAAAAAAAUCAAAAUCAUCAAAAGAAGAUAUUCUUAAUAUUGAUGAACAAUCAACAUUAAAAAAUAAUAAUAAUAAAAUAGAAAAUAAGAACAAUAAUGUUCAAUUACUUAAGAAAAAACUAUCAUCUACCAAUUCGAAUGAUCGUCGUUCAUUAUCAACAUCUUCAUCAUCGAAUAAACGUUUAAUUCCAUUUCUUAAUAAUUGUAUAAAUAAUGAUGAAUCACAAUCACCCAUUUUCAUACAACGUUCGUCAUGUUGUUCACCAACAUCAACUCUAGAUGAAAAAAUUUCAUCAACAUCAACAUCAUUUGAUACAUCGUUUCAUUCAGUGAAUCCUUUAUAUGAAACAAAAAUAGUUAACGAUGAAAAAAUAUCAUUAAAUGAAAUUAAACUUAAUGAAAAACCGCCUGUUUUAUCAAAAUAUCGACCACCACCUCCUCCACCUGUACAAGAUAAUAUUGAUAAUGAUCAAACAUUACCAAUAGAUACAAAUAACGAUAGUGACUCUACAUGGUAUAAUGGAAUUAUACAGAGUGAAGAAGGUGAGGGAGAUUUUCAUAGAGAUCAUUUUCAAAUUGGUCAAGGUGAUCAUAUUUAUGAUGCAUAUUGUGGAACAGAUGAGCAUUUUCUAUUGAAUCCAUUCUAUAAUAUUCCUCCAUCAGCUGUAUUUCGUAUGCCAUUGCCAUUAUCUAAUUAUAAUGGAAUACGAUCAAAAUAUACGAUUAACAAAUCACGAUUCAAUGCAUCUUACUUUCCAGACGUACUCGAAGAAGAUGAAGUAGAAGAAGAAAAACACGAAGAAAUUAACGAAAAUUCUGAACAACAACAAGAACAACUUCUAUCAUAUCAACAAAUUCAUCUACCACCUGUGAAAGUAACAGAUUUAUAA